UAAUAAAACGUAAAUAUUAUGCUUUUGCUUUUAUCACUUUGAUUUUUGUUAUUUGAUAUUUGAUGAUUAGUCUAUUGUGUAUUGUGUCUGUGACUGUUUUGUUCCAUUUUAUAUAAAAUUUUAGAUAAAAAGACAAUAAUUUCUUUAGUGGGCCAACAUGGCUUGGACACAACGACAAUUAUUAAUAGCUGUCUUUAUGAUAAUAACUGGCAGUAUAAAUACGCUAAGUACGAAAUGGGCAGACACACUAAAAUCAAGAGGCAGAGAUGGCGAAGUAAAAAACUUUAAUCAUCCAUUUUUCCAAGCCAGUUCUAUGUUUUUAGGUGAAUUCUGUUGUCUUCUUGCAUUCAAAUUUUUUUACAGAAAAUUCAGCAAAAGAAAUGAUGGUACAGAAGACGUACAUGACUUAACAAAAGGAAAUAGACACUUUAACCCCUUAAUUCUCUUUAUUCCUGCUAUGUGUGAUAUGAUGGCGACAUCCAUUAUGUACAUAGGAUUAAAUUUGACAUUUGUUUCGAGUUUUCAGAUGUUCCGAGGAUCUGUGAUAGUAUUUGUAGGAUUAUUAAGUACUGGAUUUUUAGAAAGAAUGUUAAAUAAAUCACAGUGGUCCGGAAUAUUUUUCGUGAUACUUGGACUUGCAAUUGUUGGUAUUACAGACUUUGUUUAUCAUGAUAACAAUGGAUCGCAUGGACGCAACGAUAUUAUAACAGGCGAUAUGUUAAUCAUAAUUGCACAAAUUAUUCAAGCUGUUCAAAUGGUAGUCGAAGAAAAAUUUGUAGCUGGACAAGAUAUUCCUCCCCUGCAAGCGGUCGGUUGGGAAGGUGUUUUUGGCUUCACUGUGCUGGCCCUUCUGCAAAUACCGUUUUAUUUCAUCAGGGCUGGUCCUCCUGUUACGAUGAAUCCCGGAGACCGUUUAGAAGAUGCUAUUGAUGCUUUUGUCCAAAUUGGCAACAACUGGAGACUUGCUCUUGCAGUUUUAGGUACUGUUGUGUCUAUUGCCUUUUUCAACUUCACUGGUAUUAGUGUGACAAAGGAAUUGUCCGCAACUACUAGGAUGGUCCUUGACAGCGUGAGGACGAUCGUCGUUUGGGUCUUCAGUUUAGCAUUCUUCGGUCAAAAGUUUCAUUUUUUGCAGCUUUUUGGAUUUAACCUGCUGAUUAUGGGAAUGUGUCUUUACAAUGGCAUCUCACCCAUUGCGAUCUUCAUUAAGAUAUUCCUUAAGAUAAAAUCGUUAUUCACUAGCAGAAGGUAUAAUUCAAUGGAGGAAGAAAUAAUAGAAAAUAGAAAUGCCGAGGAUACUGAACCCUGAAUAAAAAUGAUAGAUUUGUAUUGAUUUGGAAAUAGUGAAAAAUGAUAAUGGCUAAAGUGAUUGACAAUAUUUUGAUUUAAAAGUUAGUUUCGUGCUAUACUCAGUAAUUAACUAAUUAACUAGUUAUUAAUAAAUAUGCAGGCUAUUUUUAAUAUAAAUAGAACCAAGUAAAAUAAUAUUAAAUUUUUGACGUAAAGUGCACAGCUUGUUGACUUACUGAUAAAUGAGUAAAAAUGUGAACUGGUUUUAACUGAAAUGAUCAGAUGAAGUACGUAAUAUACAAGCACUUAGUUUUAACUUGAAUCAAAAGGCGGAUAACCUCCUUCUGACCCUAAGUAAUGAUAGAAGUGACUUCUUCCUUAAGGUGUCGUCUUCUUUCGAAUGUUGGCGAUCUUCAUAACCUUGAGAUUUCCAUGACAUUUGCCGCCUUCCAACGGUACGCUUUCCUAAAAUCUUUCCCUGCAUAAUACUCUGCAAAAGCUGGUAUUUUGUUCCUCUCAUGAUGUGCCCAAGGUAUGGUAGUUUUCGUAUCUUUAUUUCAAUAUUUAGUUAAGGAGUUAUUAUCCUCCUAGUAUCCUCUGUGAGCUCGUAGGUAAAGGUGAUAUUUAAAGUUCAUGAGCGCCAGUAGUGGCAAGUCAGUGAACUUAGGUUGGGAAUUUAACGUUCUUCUGCAUAAGAGUUGCAUACAUUUUUUUACAUGGCUUACGAAAGUUGUUGUAUCAAAUAUUGUCAAAAUACUGGUUACAACAGUAACUGUGUAGUCUACAGAUUUCCUGUCGCUAAGCAUAAAGUGGCUCAACGACAAAAAUGUACUGAUGCAAUUAGAAAAAAGUACCUAAGUAAACAUAACCUUCAAUUUUAAAAAAGCAAACAUUGAAAGAAUGACAUGUGAAAGUGAAUUUAAAACAUUGAAAUAAUAAUUAAAAAUACUAGUUGGCCAAAGCUGUGGGAUAUAUUUUACCUUAAAUAUAUUUCAAAUACUGAAAUGUUGUUUUUUAAACUUUCUAUAAGAAUUAUUAAUCUAUUAAAAUAGAUCAUGUCAUAUUUCUACACCAUCUACACUAUAAUUGUGAAACUAUCGGAACCAAGAAAGAAUGAAUCUAAUCGGACCGUUAAAAUUGGAAACUAAUUCCAGUAUUAAGUAUUAAAAUUAUAGUUUAAAUAAAAUGCAAAUAAACUGUUUAAAAUAUAUUUCGUUAAAAUCGUAUAAUAGAAGUAUAACGUCCUACGUGCGUACAAAGUACACACACUUUUUUUAACCUACGUAUAAUUAUGUAAAGUAUUGUACGGUAUUUGUAAAAUUUAUGCUUGCCGAAUAACAGAUGCUUCAAGGCAAUUUUCAAACUAAACACAUUUCUUACAUUCCCUUAAGUAUUUAGUAAGUAUAAUUUUACUUUUUUUCAAAAUAAUAUUUUUUAAUAUUCAGACGUCAAUAUAACAUCAAAAUUAUAAGCAAAAUCUUAAAAAACAUAGUCAUAAUGAAUAAUACAAUUCUGGACUUACUGAUAUUAAUCAUAGAUUACAAAUUACUUCUUUACGUUGUAAAAAAUAUUACACGGUGAUAAUUAAAUAAUAAGUUUGAAACAAUUAUGUAUUUGCUAUUUUCGCAAUCAUUUUCUCUUUAAAUUUCCAACCCAAGUUGUAUAGUAAAUCCGCUAGUUGGCGAUACCAGCGAAGCUCACAACAGAUAGGAGGAUAAUAACAUCUAAGCAUGCGCAUUUUUAUGUCGACAAUUAAAGUUCUAUUGCAAAAAAAGUGUUUCAGGUUCAUAAAUGAGUUACGUGCAAUUUCAAUUUUGGUUGUUAGUUGCUUUGCAAAAUCUUUAUUCCCAUUUGUUAUAGUUACAAGGUACUUAUUUAUAUUUACAGACUCAUCAGAUAUUCUGGACAAUAAUAAGUUGGACGUUACCAUUUGGUUUCUUAGUAAAGAUUUAUCUGAGUUCCUAUUUAAGCCAUAAUGUAAACUUGCCGUAUAAACUUUUUAACUAUUCUCUGUAAAUCUUCAAUAUUCUCUGCCAUUAACACGGUGUCAUCUGAAAAGGGCUUUUCAUUCACAGUCAUUUGUUGCGAGCCUCUGUCAUAUGUCGUAUAAUCCGUGUAUUAAUAUAUUAUACACAGAUUAUACAACAUAUGACAGAAGCUCGAAACAAAUGACAAUAAAUGAAAAGCCCUAUACUUCAAGUUAUUAAUUAAGAUUCCGUUUACUACAACGCCAGCUGUUUCGUUGUCCAGUACCUCUUGCAUAAUAACUUCUGAGUACAAGUUAAAUAGCAAUAGGGCUUUUCAUUCACAGUCAUUUGUUUCGAGCUUCUGUCAUGUGUCACAUAAUAUUAAUAUAUCUACGUCAUACGUUAUUGGCAUAUACCAAUGAUACAAACCAAAGACGUAUGAUGUAGAUAUAUUAAUAUUAUGUGACACAUGACAGAAGCUCGAAACAAAUGACAAUCGAUGAAAAGCCCUAUGGAGAGAGAAUGCAACUUUGCCGUAUUCCUCGGUUAAUUUUGAUGUUCUCCGAUUGUGUGUUAUACGUAUCUUUUGUUUCAUAUACAGUGAUGAGCACGCUAAUAACCAGCAAAAUAACGCAACAGAUGGAAAACAUAUUAGGUUGUGAAAUAAAAAGAAAUAAAACUAGUGAGUGGAGAUAGAAAAUUUAGCGACAAAAACCUAUAAAUUUAUAUUCUAUUAAUUUUUUCCCACGUUUAGACGUAUCGGACGAGUUUGGCAACAGCCACUGUGACAGUGACAGUUUUAGUUGACAUACUCCUCUGAUAGGUCUAAAGAUGGGAAACAAUAAAUAGAAUGUAAAUUUAUAGGUUUUUAACGCUAAAUUUCCCACCUCUACUGGUGUCAUUUCUUUUUAUCUCACAACUUUAUAUGUUUUCCACCUUUUGCGAUAUUUUGCCGGUUAUUAGCGCGCUGAUCACUGUAUGUCACUGAUUUUAUAUAAGUCAGAUUAUAUUAUUCUGUCUAAUGUUUCUUCGGUCUACCAUACGAGACCUACUUUUUUAUACUGUCUUACUUAACACAUGUACAUAUUAUACAGUGAUCAGCGUGCUAAUAACCGGCAAAAUAGCGCAGAAGAUGGAAAACAUAAUACAUUGCGAAACAAAAAAAGAUGAAACUAGUAGAGGUGGAAAUUAUCGUUAUAAAUGUAUAAAUUAACAUUACAUUACAUAAUUUCCCACCUUUUAUCAAAGCAGUAUGACAAAUGUCACUGUGACAGUAGAAUUUUAUAAAAUACUCCUGUCACAGACGUUCAAAGGUGGGAAACUAUGUAAUGUAAUGUUAAUUAAUUAUAUGUUUAUAACGAUACUUUCCACCUCCACUAGUUUAUUUCGCAAUGUAUUAUGUUUUCCAUCUUUUGCGAUAUUUUGCCGAUUAUUAGUGCGCUCAUCACUGUAUACUCUAGGUUCUAAUAGACACAUUUUUUUAUUGUGUUUGAUGUUUAAAGUCAAACUUUGUUAAAGUAAUCUGUGGUUUAGGUACAUAUUUUUUAUUUAAUUUUUAGUCACAAUCACAGCAUACUUUGAUGUAUCAUACUUAUUGGAUAUUUUAUUUUUUAACAACUUAUGUUUUUCACUGUUUCUAACAUAUUUUAUUUUAAUUAUAAUUUUAAAUCAUAGUCAUACAGAUUUAUGACUCAUAUUAGUGUAUAUAAUGAGAAUAAAUAAUUGUUGGGUAGUAAUCUCUGACUGACAUUAAAAUUGUGUUAUAAUUGAACAUGGAAUGUGAUUUUUAUAUUGUUAUUGUUUAAUUCAAUAAAACUAUUGACGCUCAA